AUGACGACACUUGAGCCAUCACCCACUAAACUAACAGAAGGACUUAUGAAAUGUUUACGUCUACAGAUUUCCUGUAACCAGUUGCAAACUGAAUCUCAACUUGAACAUAUCUUAAAGCAGCUGAAGGGGUACUCUGUAUCCAAGCUCACGAUAACAGGCCUGAACGCCUCCACUUGGAAGAAAGACAUUUUCGAUGGCCUGCACGUCGAAGUUCUGGACCUGGAAAAAAUCGAAGUAAAUGACGCUUCAUUUCUCCCAGGCCGUCGCCAUUUCCAAGGUCUUGAAAAUUCCUUGCAGACUCUAGAAAUCAAAAAGAGUUUCAGGAAUGGUCACAGGUCUCUCAUCAAUCUUAAGUUGGAUCAUUUAUCACGUUUAAGCACUAUCAUUCUGGAAGACAAUCAUAUUCCUGAAGUAGGCAAUGAUUGGUUCACCACCGGACCUGUAGGACUCACCACUCUGAUCUUCGAAAGGAAUGGAAUCGAAGAGCUGGGAGACCGGGCUUUCGCUUCCUUAUCUCAAUUGAAAUUACUGGCCAUAGCUGGGAACCAUUUGAGAGAGAUUUCAAGAUCCGUAAUUCCUCGGCCAGCCACUCAGUUGCAUACUUUAGAUCUUGCGUACAACAAGCUGCGGACUUUGCCAAACGAUUUGUUCGCCGAUAUGCCGUCUCUCAGAGAUGUGAAUCUUGAUUACAACUUAAUUCAUAUUCUUCAGGAAGAUACCUUCUCGGCAGUGUUAUCACGGCUCACGGCUUUGUCUCUUGAAGGAAACCCACUGGAAUGUGACGAAAAAUUGCAAUGGGUCUGCAGUUCCCGGGCAAAUGUCAUUUCAGGAAAAUGCAUUCUGUCUGCUACCAGCAAUGGAAGAUCUGUCCGUCAGUUUUGUGGAGUAUAAAUUAGCAAAAUGCUACAAUUGUAUUCGUUUUUUAAUAAUAAAUUAUUUACA